AUGACCAAGCGCCGCUUGUCUCGCGACUCUGAGGACGAUGCGCCCCGGAAGUUCCGCAAGGUCAGCUUUCAACAACAAAUCGAGCACACUGGCAACUCCGACGGGACUGUUUCUAGUCUGCGAAGAUGCGGCCUCACACAACUACUCAACGAGGUCGAGCCCGAAGCGCAGCUAUUGACACCAGAGAGAGACUUGAGGCCCAGCAACGACGAGCCGACCAACCUUGACGAGCAUUCCAGCUCUGUAGGAGCCGAUACAGACAACAGCGCAGGGGAACCCAGCGAUGAUUUUGAUAUUGAGGAAAGCUUGAAAAGCCCACGCCCAGAGACUUUACAAGGAAUGUCCGAUUACAUUGAUGAACUCAAGGGACGUCUCAAGUCGAAGACCCGUGUGAUGAAGUAUUGGAGAGAGUCGACCAUGCUUCUUUUGGAGGAGGUAGAAGUCUUAGAGGCCGAAUUGGAGGAAGUCAACAAGAAGUUUACCCGAGCCUGA